GUGUGAUGGGCUUGUCUCAAGUUCGCAACUUUUUCCGCUGCCGCUCCGCAAUUCUUGAUCUUGAUUUCUUCUGUCGUGUCGCAGAUACGCUUUUCUCUUUCGUGGCUCUCUUUUCUUUUUUAUUCGUUUUUGUUUUUAAUUUGGCGUCCGUGCCUGUGUAUUGAGACUUGAUCAUCCCUGCCCAAAGACUUUUUCCAAGCCUUUCUUUGAAAGUUCGUUGGUCGUCUUUUACUGUGCCCCUCUUGUCAUUAUCAUCGUUGAUUUCAGCGUCCCAAGUCUAAUCUCGAGGUGAUUUCUGGGCAAAUCAAUUUGCCUGAAACCUCGCGCUAGUAUGGCUGUUCUUAAUUGGCUCUCAACUUCAAAUUUGCUUCAAACGAGACAGGGUCGUCAUGGCUUUUCAUUUCUUGGAAACUUCUCGAGGAGUCGUCUUAGUUGACUAGCGUCAAAAGCGUGGCUACCGCCCGAACCUUCUUCCUAGAACCUCACACUUAAAGCUGAUUACUUAUGGCUCAAAGCACGCUGGUUCAAUCAUCUUACUCGAAUUUCUUUCGAUCUUUCUUCUUCACUUUGUUCCUCUACUUGCAGUCUGCUAUCCAUCCUGUCCUCUAUAGCUCUCUUUCGCCUUCUACUUUUCGAAAAGAAAGUCCAAGGUCGGUGAACAUGUUGGAGAAGAUGGAAGAAAUCAACCUCGACAGAGUAAUAGAAGAAUUUGAGGCGAUGACCAGAGAUGCUGGGAGAGUCCAGAAAGAAACCUUGAAGAGGAUCCUAGACGAAAACGGCAAUUCUGAGUAUUUGCAGAAUCUAGGUCUUGAUGGCAGAACAGACCUCGAGAGCUUCAGGGCUUGUGUUCCCAUUGUUACUCACAAGGACUUGGAGCAUUAUAUGCAGAGAAUUGCUGAUGGUGACUCUUCCCCUAUACUCACAGGAAGACCCAUUACCACUAUUUCAUUAAGUUCUGGUACUACACAAGGAAAGCCCAAAUACGUCCCUUUCAAUGACGAGUUGUUCGAUACUACCAUGCAGAUUUAUCAGACCUCUUUUGCCUUUAGAAACAGGGACUACCCAAUCGAAGGUGGGAAGGUCUUACAGUUCAUAUAUGGCAGCAAGCAAUUCAAAACAAAAGGUGGUCUUGCCGCGGGCACUGCUACCACCAACCUGUUCCGUAGCUCGCAAUACAAAAGUACGAUGAAGGCAAUGCAAUCACAUUGUUGCAGCCCUGAUGAAGUGAUAUUUGGUCCCGAUUUCCAGCAAUCCCUGUACUGCCAUCUCUUGUGCGGGCUUCUUUAUCGCGAUGAGGUACAAUCUGUGUCGUCCACGUUUGCUCAUAGCAUUGUCCAUGCUUUUCGAACAUUUGAACAAGUCUGGGAGGAACUAUGCACCGAUAUACGUUACGGGGUGCUCACCAGCAGAAUUACUGGUCCGUGCAUCCGGGCAGCUAUGUCGAAGCUGCUCAAGCCGGACCCCGCCUUGGCUGAUCUGAUACAAGAGAAGUGCUCAGGAUUGAUUAACUGGUAUGGAUUGAUACAGGAGCUUUUCCCAAAUGCUAAGUACAUUUAUGGGAUCAUGACGGGAUCAAUGCAGCCUUACUUGAAAAAGUUGAGGCACUAUGCAGGGGAACUACCUCUGUUAAGUGCUGACUAUGGUGCAUCUGAAGGGUGGGUCGGAGCAAAUGUUAAUCCAAAGUUGCCUCCUGAAUUGGCUACUUUCGCUGUACUCCCUAAUAUUGGAUAUUUCGAAUUUAUCCCCUUAAAAGAGUGUAUCAAUACGCUCGAGCCGAAGCCAGUGGGUCUAACUGAAGUGAAGGUUGGUCAAGAGUAUGAGAUACUCGUUACCAAUUCUGCAGGAUUUUACAGAUAUAGGCUCGGAGAUAUGGUGAAGGUGGUGGGCUUUCACAACUCGACCCCGGAACUCCAAUUCAUAUGCAGGAGAAAUCUCUUGCUCACCAUCAACAUCGACAAGAACACAGAGAAGGACUUGCAGCUCGCGGUUGAAGCAGCGGCCAAUCUGCUGGCAGAAGAUAAACGCGAAGUCGUGGAUUUCACCAGCCAUGUGGAUCUAUCAAAGGAACCUGGCCACUAUGUGAUAUUCUGGGAAAUUAAUGGAGAAGCAAGUGACGACACCUUAAAGGAAUGUUGCAAUUGCUUGGACCGGUCAUUUGUCGACGCGGGCUAUGUGAGUUCACGCAAGGUCAACACGAUAGCGCCGCUUGAGCUGAGAGUCCUAAGGAGAGGGACCUUCCAAAAGAUCCUGGACCAUUACUUAGGACUAGGAGCUGCUGUCAGCCAAUUCAAAACCCCAAGAUGUGUAGGGCCUUCAAACGAUGCUGUCUUGCGGAUCUUGUCUGAAAAUGUCAUCAAGAGCUACUUUAGUUCUGCUUUUUAAUUAAGUAAAAUCCUUAAGAUUUGAUUUCAUAUUUUGUUUCUGGAUUAAUCGGACUCGUAUAUGGCAUAAAAUGUGAUUUGAUUCUCCUUCCCAAAUGCAAGUUCUAAUCAUAUUGAAUGCAUAUUAAUUUUUCAAA